GAUCCUGAGGAGUUUCACAAGCUCAUAACAGAAGUCUUUAGGCUGAAUCUGGUUAUUAUCUGAACAUAGCCCAUCAUAUUUUUUGGGCUAAAUUUAACGUACUCGGGUUCUACAGGGCCAUGCUCUGAAGAAAUAUUUUGAAAAAUCGAAAAAUACAAAGUGCAGGAGAAUACCGUCAGCUUGGUCAAUGAAAACAGCUCCUCUGAGUCAAUAAGACAAAAUGAAAAGCUACGUGUACGAAACUAACGAGCCACCUCUGCAUGCAUGCAAAUCCUCGAACACGCGGCACUAGCCUCCAUAACACGUGGCACGCCUACACUUCACGCCUGUCACUAUAUAACACACUCACCAAGCCACAUAACAUCCACAUCAAAUCAAAGUGUAAACAAAACAUAAUAUAAUUUAAUAUAAUAAUAUAGAGAAUACACAUACAGAGACUUGAGUACUAAUGGCUAGUGUUCGCAGGAAUCCACAAGGGCAGCACCAGAUGGAGCCGGCAGAUGAACCGAAGGCUCACAAAGUGGUGAAAGCAGCGACUGCAGUGACAGCCGGUGGCUCACUGCUCCUCCUCUCCGGCCUCACUCUUGCCGGCACGGUGAUCGGACUAGCAGUCGCCACUCCUCUGGUUGUCAUCUUCAGUCCUGUGCUCGUUCCCGCGGCUAUCUUUGUGUUCCUUAUCAUCUCCGGCUUCUUGGCUUCUGGAGGUUUCGGUGUGGCCGCAGUCUCUGUGCUCACAUGGAUCUACAAGUACUUGAAAGGAGGGCAGGCAGUGGGAUCAGAUGCGUUGGAGCAGGCAAGAAUGAAGCUGGCGGCCAGGGCUCGGGAGAUGAAGGAAAGGGCUGAGCACGCCACCAGUACUUAGCUGCACUUAAAAUUCUGCAUCACUUUCUUUUAUAAUAUUCGAUUUGAGAUGCGUCUUCUUUAUUUACCUCUACUGCGUAAUUGGAGUUGUAAUAAUCAGACAUCUGUAGUUUUAAUAGUUUAAUUUGGUGAGUCCAUCUGUCCCUGCAACUGCAAUCUCUGGAUAUCAAGAAAAAUCGGUUUCCAAAUAACUUAU